CCAGCAGCUGCUGUGUGUGACAGGUGUGUUUCUAAAAGACAUUGGCUUUAACUGGCUCUCUAAAAACAUAAAAAGAGUUAAACAUGCGACUCUUUGUGCUUCUACUGUUUGGGAUUCAUCUCACAUUUGCUGGAAAACACUCUCUGAAAUAUUUCUACCUUUCCGUGUCUGGGGACGAUGAUGAAUUUACUACAGUUGGUCUGGUGGACGACCGUCAGUUCAUAUACUUUGACAUCAACACAAGGAAAGCUUUGCCAAAAGCAGAAUGGAUCAUGAGACAGAAUCAAGAAGCAGAUUACUUGGACAGACAGACGGCGUUGAUGAUUCAUGAACAUAACUGGAUUAAAAAACACGUCUGGAUCAAGUCAGCAGGUGUUCACACAUACCAGCUAAUCUACGGCUGUGAAUGGAACGAUCGGACUGGAGAAACAAAUGGGUUCCGGCAGUACGGAUAUGAUGGAGAAGAUUUCCUGUUUCUGGAUUUGAAGACGGAGAAAUGGAUUUCCUCAAUGGAGGAAGGAUUCAACACUCAAGAGAGGUGCAACAAUGAAACUGUCCGUCUCGAGUACUGGAAAUACUACCUCAAAAUUGAGUGCAUUGAGAUUCUGAAGGAGUUCCUGCAGCUCGAGAAAAGCAGCCUGGAGAAAACAGGAUGUGAAGGUCGGUACGCUUCUUCCUAAUGAGGACGGGACCUUCCAGAAGACUGUCACGCUACAGGCUGAACCUGACGAGUGGAGGAAGAACGAAUACACCUGUGUGGUGAAACUCAAUAGCGAAACCAUUAGAAAGAGACUCACAGACAAUGAGAUCAGGACCA